UCGUGUUCUAAUUAUAUAUUUUGGUCAAGUUAAACCGAGACCGGUUUGAUUAGGGUUACAACGUCAAGAUUGGGUUUCAAGUAUUUCCUUUUUUGGUAAAGCACUACUCCAUAAUCACACGCAAAACAAACUACUCCCAAAAAGGAAAAAGCAUCUCCUAUAUAUAUAUUACUUGCUCGCUCUCUCACCGUAUGUGAAAGAAAACAAGAAUGGUGAAAAGAGGAGGCACUAAGAGAAAGAUCGAUAAGAUGGAAAAGAUCCCGAAGAGAGAGUAUCGCGCGACUACUUUCUCCAAACGUUGUUCCGGACUUUACAGCAAAGCCUCGCAGCUAUGCCUUCUCUCCGGCGCACAGGUAGCCAUCUUGGCGACUCCUCCUUCUUCGCAGUCCAACGUCUCUUUCUUCUCCUUCGGUCACUCUUCCGUGGAUGCCGUCGUGAAAGCUUAUCUCACGGGACGGCGUCUUCCUCCUGUUCGAGAAGAGCCGAUGGAGGAGGAUAUUGGUGUAUGCUUGGCUCGCAAGGAACUAGGGCUGGAGUUGUGGUGGGAGAAGGAGAGUCUUUCCAAGUCCAAGAAUCGUCAAGAGUUGAUGGAUGCGAUUAACUCCAUGGAGAGGAUGUUGAGUAAACUACGUUCUGGAGACUUAGUCAGUAAUUAUAAACAAAGAGAGGAAGACCUAAAGAACAACGAGGUGACGAAGACCGAUGUCGUUUUACACAAGGAAACUCAAGAACCGGAUAAAACCCUAGAUCUCCAAGCAGUUUGUUGCAUCCUUGAUGAUGAUUUAGCUGUUGGUUUUGACAAGGUCACUGAAGAGCAAGAUCAGAUCCUGGCUAUUUGUGAUAGUUUUUGUGCUGAAGAGAACAACAGCAACAUAAACGGUUCAAGUGUAAGUUUGGAUAGGUCUGAUCAAGCGAUGGAUCAUCUCAUGGAUAUUGAUGGACUGCUAGAUUUGGAGACGACUUAUGAAAGCUCAGCAUUCGAUUAUGGUGUUUUGGAUAGUACUCGGGAGCUUCAUGAGACUGCGGGGAGCCUUUUGAUCAACUUCGAAGCUGCUCGCGAUCUCUAACUCUGAAGACAUACAAAGCUUUGGUGUUUCAGAGCAAACCAUUGCUACAGUUUAAAGUUAAUAGCAUUUCUUAUUUAUGUAUAACACGCGAUCAU